CUGUUAGCACGAGUCGGCGGCAUGAGGGGCUUCCGCUCUGCGCUCUCUCGCGCGGCGGCGCGGACGCGGGCGGAGCUCCAGGGCACGCGCGGGCACGGCCGCCGCCUGUCGCACUCCGCCGCGGCGCCGGCGAGGCCUUCCUUCGGCAUCGCCUUCGACAUCGACGGGGUCAUCCUGCGCGGCCGUAACCCUAUCGGGGGCUCGCCGCAGGCCAUCCGACGCCUCUACUCCGACGACGGUACCCCGAAGAUUCCAUUUCUGUUCUUAACCAACGGAGGUGGUGUCCCAGAGUAUAAAAGAGCUCUGGAGCUAAGUGAGAUUUUGGGAGUUGACAUCUCUCCAGCACAGGUUGUGCAUGGACAUUCUCCUUACAGAGAACUGGUGAAGCGUUUCGAAGAUGAUCUCAUUGUUGCUGUUGGAAAAGGAGAGCCUGCGGCUGUGAUGGUUGAGUAUGGAUUUAGAAAGGUUCUAUCUAUAGAUGACUAUUCAUCAUAUUUUACAGACAUUGACCCCCUAGCUCCAUUCAAGAAAUGGAAAGUGGGACAAUCAAACUGUAAAACCUUGAUGUCUGAGAAAGUGCACCCGGCAUAUGAUGUUUAUGCAGAGAGAGUUAAAGGUGUGUUUGUCGUUAGUGACCCUGUUGAUUGGGGUAGAGAUCUACAGGUACUUUGUGACAUCUUGUCAACUGGUGGGCUUCCUGGAAAUGGAAAAGGAGGCCAGCCUCCUUUGUAUUUUGCGGCUGAUGAUCUUGAAUAUCAGGCUGCAUUUCCUUCUGAGCGACUUGGGAUGGGUGCCUUCAGGAUAGCACUUGAAAGUAUCUUCAAUCAAGUUAGUGAUCUUCCACUCAAGUAUACAUCUUAUGGGAAGCCUAAUCCAUUUGUGUUCAAGAAAGCAGCCAACAUACUAGAAAAACUUGCUAUGGAUAUUUAUCCAAACUCACAGCCAACAACGGAUGUAAAAGACCAUCAGUUCUCUACUAUCUACAUGAUUGGUGAUAAUCCUAAAGUUGAUAUCUAUGGAGUUUCGAAGGCUGGCCCCCCUUGGUCAUCGGUUCUUACUAGGACUGGUGUUUUUAGGGGAAAGGAUAAUGAUCCAAAUUUUCCUGCUGAUUUGGUUGUUGAUACUGUUGAAGAUGCCAUCAACUGUAUUUUGGAAAAAGAAUGCAUACAGUGACAUUGUUGCAAAGGGACCUGGGCACAAAUGAUCCCUUCAUUGUUACUUUGCAUGCUUGGUAGCACAUUAUGACGUUAUCUAACUUGGAAGAACUGUGUCUUCCAAGAGUUCCAUCUCUGAUUUAUUGUACUUCACGGGAAAGCUCUCGAGACAUCAACACAUUAGGAAAACUAAAUCUGUUCCUAGAAUCAUGUGCAGUUAUGCACCCAUUAUUCUAACAGUGCAUUAAUUUCUCAGAAGUAAAAAGUGUUGUCUAAAUUAUUGUGGAUGCAAAAGAUAUUUUUUUUCUUGCAAAAUGUGAUCACAAGUGCACUAGAAAAAAAAGGCAAUGUACAUAUCA